AUGGUUUAUUGUUACGGUUGCACGCUUGUCACAUUCCUGCUUCUCCCCGCGUACGGUCCACAGCUGGUCAGUUCGUCCGCCCGGGCACACACGCUUUGGUCCGACGGUCCGACGAAUGGUGGCGCGGCUCCGGAACGAUGCACCAGCAGUGGCAGCCUGAAGUACCUGUCCGGCGACGCGCUGACGGACAGCACGAACUGCAUCGGGCCCAACAACGCCCCGUACCCGGCCAGUUUGGUCGCGCGGACAUUCUCCAACUGGGCGCCGGGAGGUUCGUCGCGGCGCGGAAGGAUGAGCCAACUGCCUACACUCGACCCCAAGCUCACCCAGAGGGCGCUCCUGCAGGCCUACGGCGAUGCUAACGAGGCGGCCACGCUCGAGACUGCCCGGACACGAUACAGUCGCUCGCUGGACGGCAGCCAGUGCCGGGACACGCCGUCGCGCCUGUGCAAGACCCGCUACAACACCACGGCCCCGAUGUACGGCGUCAGCCUCACUUCCGGCCAGCCGGUCACGAUCGUGCAGAAGUUUCCCGAUCUCCUGCAGCAAGUUGUCUUCGAGGUGUGCGAAUCGUCCGAAUGUGAUGUCGUGCGAGGCGAGUGCACACAGACGUACGUGCCGUACCUGUUCCUAGUGAUUCCCCUCGGACCCGUCACGCUCACCGGCCAGGACUACGUGCUGGUGGAGAGUGGAUGUGUCUGUAAACCGAAGUACGCCACGGACAAACCGCGGGAGACGGGCGGCGGUAACUUCAUCCCCUAG